CUCAAGGUUGUUUCUAGUACUACUCGGUACUUAAACCUUUCGUCACAUGGUUCUGUUUAAAUUGUUACCCUGACAGGUUAAUUAUAUUCAGCUUUCAACUAUUUCGACAUCGAAAACGUUUAGAUUUCAUAUUUAUCAUUUCGUGUUUUGAGUGAAUUCUAUGUCAGAAGUCAAAUUCACUAAUGAUGACCAAGAUGGUGUUCCUUGUCCAGAUUCUAUUCCUUUGACAGUUGAUAAAAUAACAAAAAGUAUAAUUCAUAAUCUUAAAACACAAUGUUCAAAAAUUCUUUCUGGAAGCUGGUCUGAUACAAAUAAUUUCUGUGUUGAACUAUCUAAGAGUUGUGGACUAAGUAAUUACUUAUAUAUUGGUUAUUUAAAUGAUGAUAUUAUUUCAUCGGAAAAUGAACCACGUAAAGUAUUGAUUCGAGUAUAUGGUGAAGUAUUAAGAAGUUGUACAGAUUCGAUUAUUUCGGAUUCUGUUAAUUUUGCAUUGCUUUCGGAAAAAAGAAUUGGACCUAAACUUCAUGGUGUAUUUUCUGGUGGACGAAUUGAAGAAUUUAUUGAGUCCAGACCUUUAACUACACAAGAACUUCCAUUGAUUAUAGAAGUAGCAGCUCGACAUAUGGCUUCGUUUCAUAAAUUAUGCAUGCCAUUUUCAAAAACUCCAUCAUUCAUCAUUAAAAUGUUUGAUAAAUAUCUUAGUCAAUUAACUAGUACACCUGAACAUUUACAUCGUCCAUCUCCAAAUUUUUCUUCAACUACUUUAUCUGAAUUAGCAUUAGAAGGUUUUUCUUUUGCGAAUGAUGGACAUAUAUUAACAGAACCAUCGUAUGAAGAGGCAAGACACAUGGUAUAUGAUUUAUCUCUUAUAGAAGAGUAUAAUUGGAUAAAAGAAAAAUUUCAAGUUCGCUAUGCUGAUUUAUUUCCAAUUGUAUUUUGUCAUAAUGAUUUCCAAGAAACAUGUGUUAAACACUAUACAUCUAUGAAAUCUAAUGACACUAAUGACUAUUGUUUAGUCAAAGUAAGACCAACAAAACCAUUUCAACUUGUUACGCUAUUGUUUUUAUGUCACAAGAUGAUGAUUACAUGA